AUGCCUCUCCCCUUCAUCGGUAGGCUGCAUGCCACCGAGUACAUUUCGAUCGUUGUCUCCUUCUUCCUCGUUAGCCUCGAAGCGAUAAUUCGAGUCUUUACUCUAGCAUUGCCCUCAUUUCUCGUCAACUUUCUCUAUCGAGCCUCGCGGCGACUCUUUAAAAUAUUCUCUUCGCCCGCGCAGCAGAAGGCGGAAGAUAAGAAAAAAACCAUUUCCACGUCCGUGCGCGAUGCGUCCGACUUCGUUGAGCUCUGUCGACUAUGGGGAUACGAAGCAGAAGAGCAUAUAGUUCAGACAAAGGAUGGAUUUCUGCUCGGACUGCACCGCCUGCAGUGGCGACGAGGCGAAGAGAAUCUGAAAGUCAACUGCGGACCCAAGAGCACCAAGAAGCGGGUUGUCUAUAUGCACCACGGCCUGCUCAUGAAUUCCGAGGUCUGGGUCUGUUUGACGGAUGAGCAGAGAUGCUUACCGUUUGAGCUCGUGGAAAGGGGAUUUGAUGUUUGGUUUGGAAAUAACCGCGGCAACAAGUAUUCCAAGAAAUCCAUCCACAGCUCACCCACGUCGGUCAAAUUCUGGGAUUUUUCCAUUGACGAAUUUGCCUUCCACGACAUCCCAAACAGCAUUGAAUACAUCCUCGAGACCACCGAACAGCAGAGCCUGUCGUACAUUGGCUUUUCGCAGGGCACCGCUCAGGCAUUCGCUACUCUGGCCAUCCACCCCAAGCUGAACCACCAGGUCAAUGUCUUCAUCGCCCUUGCGCCCGCCAUGGCUCCCGCCGGACUGUCAAAUGGCGUUGUCGACUCGCUCGUCAAGGCCUCGCCGUCGGUCCUGUAUCUCAUGUUUGGUAGGCGAUCCAUCCUUAGCUCCGCUACAAUGUGGGAGACGCUCAUAUACCCCCCUCUGUUCUGCCGCCUCAUCGACAUGGGCCUGUCAUUCCUCUUCGGAUGGAAGACCAAGAAUAUCUCUGCCAGCCAGAAGCUCGCUGCCUACCCUCAUCUCUACUCCUUCACGAGCACAAAGAGUGUUGUCCAUUGGUUCCAGAUUAUUCGCAACAAAUGCUUCCAGAUGUACGACGACGAUGUCUAUCAGCCUAUGAGCGUCACAUCCUCGAGCAAAUACUCAAAGGUCGCAAAGUAUCCCACCCGAAACAUCAAGACGCCUGUUGUCCUUGUCUACGGCGGCAGUGACUCCCUAGUUGACAUCAAGUCUAUGCUCAAAGAGCUCCCGCGACAGACCGUUGCGACUGAAAUUCCGCACUACGAGCAUCUCGACUUCCUGUGGGCUCGUGAUGUAGACACCCAGGUAUUCCAGCACGUAUUUGAUGCCCUGAACAGCUUCACCGAUGCAGAGCACACCGAGGAAGAGUAUGACAGGUAUCAUUUCGUCCGCCAUGAAAGCCUUGCCGGAUCUGCCUACGCGCCGUCCCAUCUGCGCGGGGGCAGCGAAAGCGACGCUUCCAUUACUGCGUCUUCAGGAGAAGAAGCCAAGAGCCAUCAGCACCGCGCGCGAGAACAGCGCGUGCAGAUUGCGUCUGCAAAAGAAGUGGCAAAGAAGACGGAAGAGCUCCAGCCUGUCGAGAAGCUGAAGGGCGUUGGUGUUCGGAGAGGCAGCGGUCCUGCAGCGAAUCUUACAAACGGCGAAAGUGUCGAUGGCAAGCGAGAUGAGUGA